AUCCUUCUGGGAGCCUCGACGCCCCCAUUCUUGGAGAGCAAGAACAUCCGCAGCCCAAAAGCGAGAGAAAGGGGGGAGGAGAGAGGAGCGAGGCGGCCAAGCGAAUCCCAUUCCCACACCACACCCACACCGCACACACGCCGCACCUUCCCUUCCAUCUCUCCUCGCGCAGAUCUAGCGAUGGCGGCGGCGGCGGCGGGGGGCGAGCCGGCGUGGGGGGAGGAGCCCGCGGCGCGGCGCCGCCCUAAGACCAAGAUCGUCUGCACGCUCGGCCCGGCCUCGCGCUCCGUCGAGAUGAUCUCGCGCCUGCUGCGCGUCGGCAUGUGCGUCGCCCGCUUCAACUUCUCCCACGGCUCCCACGAGUACCACCAGGAGACGCUGGACAACCUCCGCGCCGCCAUGGAGCGCACCGGGAUCCUCUGCGCCGUCAUGCUCGACACCAAGGGUCCAGAGAUCCGAACUGGAUUUUUGAAAGAUGCGAAGCCUGUUCAAUUGAAGAAGGGUCAAGAAAUCACAAUUUCCACAGAUUAUAGCAUUAAGGGUGAUGAGAAAAUGAUAUCUAUGAGCUACAAGAAGCUCGCAGUGGAUCUGAAGCCAGGCAGUGUCAUAUUGUGUGCUGAUGGUACCAUCACUCUUACUGUGCUUCACUGUGAUAAAGAGCAAGGCUUGGUUCGCUGCCGUUGUGAGAACACUUCUAUGCUUGGUGAGAGGAAGAAUGUUAAUCUUCCAGGAGUUAUUGUUGAUCUCCCAACACUCACUGACAAGGACAAGGAGGAUAUCCUUAAGUGGGGUGUCCCAAACAAGAUCGACAUGAUUGCCUUGUCAUUUGUUCGCAAGGGUUCGGAUCUUGUGGAGGUUAGGAAGAUACUUGGUGAGCAUGCCAAGUCUAUAAUGCUGAUGUCUAAGGUUGAGAAUCAAGAGGGAGUAGCUAACUUCGAUGAUAUUCUGGCAAACUCUGAUGCUUUUAUGGUGGCAAGAGGUGAUUUAGGGAUGGAAAUUCCUAUAGAGAAGAUAUUCUUUGCGCAGAAGGUGAUGAUUUUCAAGUGCAACAUUCAGGGCAAGCCUGUUGUUACUGCCACUCAGAUGUUGGAAUCUAUGAUCAAGUCUCCUCGCCCUACUCGAGCAGAAGCAACAGAUGUUGCAAAUGCAGUGCUUGAUGGCACCGACUGUGUCAUGCUUAGUGGUGAGACAGCUGCUGGGGCAUAUCCUGAGCUGGCUGUGCAGACUAUGGCCAAGAUCUGCUUGCAAGCAGAGUCUUGCGUUGACUAUGGUGCUGUUUUCAAAUUAAUCAUGGCCUCAGCUCCAAUUCCAAUGAGCCCGUUGGAGAGCCUUGCAUCAUCAGCCGUCCGCACAGCAAACUCUGCCAGGGCGGUGCUUAUCUUGGUCCUGACCAGGGGAGGAACAACUGCUAGGCUUGUGGCCAAGUAUAGGCCAUCCAUGCCGAUACUGUCUGUCGUAGUUCCUGAACUGAAGACAGACUCCUUCGAUUGGACCUGCAGCGACGAGGGACCGGCAAGGCAGAGCCUCAUCGUGAGGGGUGUGAUCCCGAUGCUGAGUGCCGCCAAUGCCAAGGCCUUUGACAGUGAAGCCACUGAAGAAGCACUUGGUUUUGCCAUUGAAAACGCGAAGGUGAUGGGGCUAUGCAACACGGGGGAGUCUGUUGUGGCCCUGCACCGGAUCGGGAUUGCAUCCGUCAUCAAGCUCUUGACUGUGAGGCAUCUCCCGGGCGCGCUCGCCGGGCGCGUAGUCCUCCAGGCAGACCGGGCAGCUGGCCGCGUCGUCGCCGUUGCUGCCGGCGAUCUCGACGGUUGGCAUCGCCUCGACGGCCUCCUUCUUGGCCGGCGGCGUGCCUUGGCGCCCCGCGUCGCCCUCGGCCAGCUGCUGCACCAGAGCGUCGAGGCCGUUGCCGAGGAAGUAGUCGCCCAGCGCCACGCCAUGCUCGGCGGUGGCGGCGCCGCCAGCGGCGCCGAUGAAGAGGCUCCGGCCGAAAGGCGUCAGCUGGUCGCCCUCGAUGGCGACGCCGGCGGCCGCCUCCAGGCGCUGCAGCUGGCGCUCCCGGACCUCGUGCAGGAGCCGCAGGAACGCGGAGACGCGGCGCCGGCGCCGCGUCAACUCGUGCUCGUCCCAGUCGUGGACGUCUCCGCCGCCGGGCUCCGGCUGGCGCCGGCUGCGGCGGCGGCGGGCAGAGCUGUCGCCCGAGCUGAGGAUGGCGUGCGCCCAGAUGGAGCUCGGGCGGUCCGCGCCAGGGUACACUUCGGUCAACGCGCCGCCGCCGCCGCCGUCGGCCGCGGCCGCGCCGCGGGCGGUCUCCAUCUCCUCGAGGAAGCCGCUGUGGCAGUGCGGGCACUUCAUCUCCGCCUCGCCCUGUGCGGGCCUCACCGCCACGGACCGACGGCACAGAUGGCGGCGGCCGCACCCACUCGCGCCCCCGUAUCCUCCUCCUCCAGCGACGUCGUCUUCAGCGGCAGGACAUCCCGCCCCAACCUUCGCGCCGCCGCGGUGUCUUCGGCCCCGGGGUGGCGGCGCAGGGAGCCGUACCCGGCGGUUUCCGUGGCGGCGGGCUCCGGGCAGUCUGCGCCUGGAACUGUAGCCGUCGACCCUAAGGUUGACACAUUACUAGACAGUGUAAAGUGGGACAGCAAAGGGUUGGCUGUUGCUAUUGCACAACAUGUGGAUACUGGAGCCAUUCUUAUGCAAGGUUUUGCUAACAAAGAAGCCCUUGCAAAAACUAUAUCAACUAGGAAAGCUACAUUCUUUAGCCGCUCGCGGUCUUCCUUGUGGACGAAAGGGGAGACGUCCAUGAACUUCAUCAAUGUGCAUGACAUUUUCCUGGACUGUGACCGUGAUUCUAUAAUAUACCUUGGAAAGCCAGAUGGACCUACCUGCCAUACAGGAGCAGAAACCUGUUAUUAUACUUCAGUUUAUAAUGCUCUACAAGGUUCGAAGCCCAAUGAAGAUAGGCAGGUCAUGACAACCCUAUACUCACUUGAAGAUACAAUUAGUAGACGGCAGGAGGAGACAGUUACUGAAGGAAGUGGGAAACCAUCAUGGACGAAAAAAUUACUGCUUGAUAACCAGCUGCUUUGCUCAAAAAUACGUGAAGAAGCAGGUGAACUAAUUCAAACACUGCUCGAGAACGAGGACCAAUCCCGCACAGCUUCGGAGAUGGCUGAUCUGCUGUACCAUGCAAUGGUGCUGCUCAGAGUCAAGGAUGUGAAGAUGGAAGAAGUCCUUGAGGUCCUGAGGAAGAGAUUUUCGCAGUCUGGUAUCGAGGAGAAGGCCAAUCGCAAUAAAUCUUAGUGUGUUUAGAUAAUGGCGGAUGACUUCUCCAAUUUGGUAUCAUAUACCAUAAUACCAGCACUGGUGCCUGAGUGUGAACUAUGGAAGAAUUUUGUGUUUGAUGAUCGAUUUCGCUACUGUUCUUUUGGUUUCUCUGAGAAGAUGACUGAAUUUGUGGUUACUGGUAUAAUCUUGAUGACAACAGAGCCUCCAAUAAAGUAUCUCAUAUAGACAUACAA